AACGCAAUGAGAACCUAGGAACAGACCACGGGUAGCAGUGGGCGGGGCUCCGUUUAGCUGCCUUGUUUUGUAGUCGAGAGAUCACUUGAUUCUACAAGGGAGAUCGCGAGAGGGUGGAGAUGGCAUGGUUACUUCUGUGCGUGGCCUUCCUUGUCCAAGGAGCAGUCCAGUGUCAGACUGCUGUGAUGAGGGACACAACAGCCCUAUACUGUCCACCACAACUGGACCCUGAAGUCAACAUGAACAUCAGUGAGAUCAUCUCGUUCUGGGGCUACCCGUCUCAGGAGCACGAGGUGGUCACCGAGGACGGCUACAUCCUGAGCGUCAACAGGAUCCCCCACGGCACGGAGAGCAAGCCAUCUGAUGUUCCCAGGCCUGUGGUCUUCCUCCAGCAUGGCCUGUUAGCCGCCGGGAGCAACUGGGUGACCAACAUGCCUAACGGGAGCCUGGGCUUCAUCCUGGCGGAUGCUGGCUUUGACGUGUGGAUUGGGAACAGCCGAGGGAACACCUGGUCCAGGAAGCACGUCAAACUGGACCCACGCCACGAUGCCUACUGGGAGUUCAGCUAUGAUGAGAUGGCACAGAAAGACCUUCCAGCUGUGAUAAACUACAUCACCAAGACCACGUCCCAGGAGCAGAUCUACUAUGUUGGUCACUCCCAGGGCACCACCAUCGCCUUCAUAGCCUUUUCCACCAUGCCUGAACUGGCCAGCAAAAUCAAGAUGUUCUUUGGCUUGGCACCAGUCGCCACUGUGGCAUAUACCGAGAGCCCCAUGACCAAACUCAAGUUCCUCCCAGAGUUCCUCAUAUGGGACCUUUUUGGAAGGAAAGACUUUUUUCCACAGAGUGAACUAAUCAAGUGGUUCGCCACCAAGUUCUGCAGCCACGAACCACUAAGUGAGCUGUGUGGGAACAUCUUCUUCAUCCUUUGUGGUUUCGAUGAGAAGAACCUCAACAUGUCCCGCACCCCUGUGUACACCACUCACUGCCCCGCUGGGACAUCCGUCCAGAACAUGAUUCACUGGUCUCAGGCCGUGCAUCGUGGGAAGCUAAUGGCGUUCGACUAUGGGAGAGCUGGGAACAUGGCACAUUACAACCAGUCGACCCCGCCGUUGUACUACGUGAAGGACAUGAAGGUGCCCACCGCUCUGUGGUCAGGGGGACACGACACGCUGGCUGACCCCCAGGACGUGGACCUGCUCCUCGACCAGGUCCCCAACCUAGUCUAUCACAAGCGCAUCCCGUACUGGGAGCACCUGGACUUCAUCUGGGGCCUGGACGCCCCUCAGGAGAUGUACAACAAGAUGGUGGAGCUCAUGAAACAGCACCUUUAGUACCUCCGGCCUAACCGCUCAGCCUCAGUUCUCCGCAGAGCUAUGCAAGUAGAGCGUAAUUAGAGAUUUAAAAUUUUUGUGUGAAUUUGCGUGUGUAUGUCUAUGAAUUUACCUCCUGCAUGAGCUGUGUUAACCACUGGCCUCACAUUCCGGUCAGCACCAGAUUAGAUACCAUUUUUCAGUAUUUGCGGUGACGUUGGAGACGGCUUUUUUGUAACAGAUUAACCUGGUGCUGUACUACCGGAAGGUACCACUAGAGGUAUAAAUUCUGACUGAAAAGUAAAGGAAAUUUUUUAGUUGUUUCUACAUACGUUGGUUUAGAGCAGGGGGACCCAAUUGUGCCAUGGAGGGCCAAGGUUUUCAUUCCAACGACUCACUCCACCUGCUGAGUUCACCAAUUAGUUGUGUCCUCUCUCAUUGAAGGUGUGUUAAUUAGUGAGAUCAACAUGAUCAAAUGAUUGGUUAUAAUGAAAACCUGCAUACUCGCAGCCCUCCCAUGGCACAUGAUUGGGGACCACUGGUUUAGAGGGAGAGCAGGGUAUCUUUGUUGCAUUUUAGGAUAUUUUACAAAAUAUAGACCAGUUUUGUGUUUUUAUGGAAUUCUACUAAUGUGUGAUAUUUCUGCUUUUUACUUUUUCUUCUACUUUUCUACUUUUUUUAAUGUAACCAGUGAUUUCACUUAUAUACCUGGCUAUUGCUACAUUUUUUGACAUUAUGAAUGUAAUUUCUUUGUCAGAGAUGCACAUUGUAAAAGGUCUUAUCAAAGAAAGAUCUUUUUUUUUUUUACAUGACAAUUCGGCUUUCACUAACAGCCAUGGUUCCUUCUCUGUAAAUGUAAAUCUUGACUCAAUUCUGUAAAGCUCUUUAUUUCUAAAAAACUACUUUGAAAAAAAACAAAAAACAA